AUGAAGCUCGACUUGCGGAGCGUCGAGAGCGGAAAAGACGGAAACGUGAAGAUCGUGAGAUCUCCCGAUGGUGAUGGUGAUGGCUGCGGCCGCCGGUCCAAUAAGCCACGCGGAAAACUCAAGACUACACCCUCGAAGAACAAAGGGCGUGCUUCGACGCUUGCUUCUUUUGCACUCUUACACGGGUUUUCGGCCACCAACGUUAAAAAGGAUAGACUGACUCUGAAACCCAGCCUUCAUCUUCCAGGCCUCUUCUUCAAGGGCAAGGCGUCUGCCAAGACAAAAGCUGCUUUGUCCAAAAAACAAGCUCCUUCCACUGAUUCAUUUUCGGAGCGUGCUUUUCUCAGUAAGGCGAAGGCAACCAGCAGUAAAGACGUUGCGGACUCUGAAGGGUCAUCCUCUGCAUCCCACCAGUGCAGUCACCCCCCUUCUGACAGGGAUAACACUUCGAAUCAUUGUUCCAUACCCGAUAAAGACGAUAGAAGUGAGAAAUUGGUAGGUAAUCAGGUGCAGACACAAGAACUGCCCGAGGAACAUCAGUCGAUAGUCUGGGACAUCGAGUCUCGGAAUGGAUGUUCAUCAGCCGCUCAAGGCUCUCCUACUGGUUCUGUCGCAAAGGCAUCCGCUUCGGUCGUUAUGGACGUACGCACUAGUCGCUGGUUUGCACCCGCGGAUACGGGCAAAGUCACCGAUCAGCCAGAAGUAAUAUCCAAGCCCCCCGAAUCCACACCAACCAAGAGGGAGCCCGUUCCAUGCGCUGCGGAGAGCGGUGAGGCCGACCCUGUCUUCCUGCAUGACAGGGAGAGUUCUUCACUCCACCCUUCUCAUUCCGCGUCUCAGACCGAGUAUCAUCAGCGGCACUCACUUGAGGGACCAGCCGAUGUCUCCGCGCCGCGACCAACAUCUUCUAGGUAUUUCUCUGGGGCGCGCCCUGCCAUUCCGCCUUGUAUUGCCCCGGAUGCUAGUGCAACUGCCACCCAUCAUUUCACACAGGGGCCGUCAAAUGGAACCCCGAAGUUCAGGACUCGCGGGAGUAGCGUUAACUUCCAAGUGGAUUCCGUAUUGGGCGAGCCUUCUCUACCUUCCUUCUAUAUGUCAACGCAUGACAUAUGUGGUGGAAUGAGCGGUAAUUAUGCGAUCAAAGUGUCCUCCCAGCCUCCUGCUAUGUUUUCGACAGACACCUCGCCGAUCCACGUUACUUUCGCGGCAUACGAGCAGCCGGCGAUCGCACCAUCGUAUGUCUCCUUGGACGAUCAGGGCCGUUAUGAAGCGGUCGAUGAUCGACAGCAAUAUCACAACCUAAACGAGGCUAUCAGUUGUCGACCAUCUGAUGGAAUCGGAUUCCAUGACUGUGAAGUUCCCUGGUAUAGUGAUGAUACCCCAGUGGUGAUGGAUGAUCCUGGCGUUGGCCAGAACGUUGAUUUCUGGCCCGAGUCGCACGUGGAGGAUCGGGGGUUGGGCGAUGCCGCUGAUGGAUACGAUCUAGACACUAUUGGGGAACCUGGCUUCGAGGACGGGCUGGAAUGGCAAUACGACGCAUACCCCGCCGAGCACGACGGCUCGGUUCUAGAGGACGCGGACGACUAUUGUGUGUGGCAGUACGGUGAUAACGAACGCGCAUCGUCAGUAUGGGAGGACGCCGAGGAUGAGGAACCAGAAGCUUCGAACUUCCUGGAGGGAAGAACGUUGCUGUUUGGGACUUCGACGCCGUCCCGGUCACGAGGGCCAAGCGGAUUGUACAAGACCGAGCUGGAUGUUGGAACUCGACUUCGCGGUCACUGGCAACGUCAAAGGCUGUGA